UUGGACCAGCAGCAGCAGCUCACUGUGGCGAGGCCAGGGAGGAUGGGGAGGAAACUGGACCUGACGGGGCUGACGGAUGAUGAAGCGGAGCACAUCCUGAAGGUGGUCCAACGGGACAUGAAGCUGCGAAAGAAGGAGGAAGACAGGCUGAGUGAGAUGAAGCAGGAGCUGGCGGAGGAGGGCAGCAGAUGCUCCAUCCUCUCCAAGCAGCACCGUUUCAACGAGCACUGCUGUAUCCGCUGCUGCGCGCCCUUCACCUUUCUGCUCAACCCCAAGCGUCUGUGCCUGGACUGUCAGUACAACGUCUGCAAGAACUGCUGCGCCUACGACAAGAGGGACAAAGCCUGGCUCUGCUCCGUGUGCCAGAAGGGCAGGAUUUUGAGAACACAGUCCCUCGAAUGGUAUUACAACAACGUGAAGAGUCGAUUCAAGAGGUUUGGCAGUGCCAAGGUUUUGAAGACUCUGUACAGAAAGCACAUUAUCGAGAGAGGUGUGCUGUCUGAUCUCCCAGAAAGCAGCGUUCACGAGGGAAGCACCGGCAACGACAACGAUGGCAGCAUCUGUGGCAGUGACUCUGCCUUCUACAGACAGAGCGAAGGACACAGUAUGGCAGAGACCCUCACAGUCGCCCUGCGUGUUGCUGAGGAGGCUAUAGAAGAGGCCAUCGCGAAGGCAGAGGAGUUCAGUGACAGCUUGGAGAAGCAGAAUGAGGCUCGAUAUCUGCGGGACCACAAAGAGGAGCUCAUAGAGGAACUUGCUACAACCAUUGUACAAAAAAUCAUCCAGAGGAGGAAGCAUUCGGAAAUGCAGACAGAGUAUGACUUUGUCUGGCCUCAACCUCAGUCUCUGAUCCAGACCAGUGAACUUCCCUCUCCGUCUCAACCUCAUACUUCUUCUCAAGGACCACAGGAACCCCUCAAAACCUCUUACUCCCUCAACAGGUCACGCUCAGCGUUUUCCCUCACCAGUGACGACUCCCCAGAGAAAGGUCCAGAGGCGGUGGGCGCAGGAGCAGGCGGUGACCUGCAGGAGUACUCUUCUCUGAAGAGGGAGGCCAAGGCCACGUCUCUACCGAGCUGGAAGAGUGUUGAUCGCCUGGACAACUCUAGUGCAUCCUCAGUGCUGCAGAGUCCAGACGGUAACUGGAUCGCGCUGCACAGUUCUCAGCUGUCUCGGCCCAGUCUGCUGACCAAGAGGAAGAGCUUGGUAUUCAGUGUGCUGGAGAAGGAGUCCGGCGUCGUCUCGGCUUACGACGAGAUGGGAUCGGACUCGGAGGAGGACGAGGGCGGCUGGGGCGCAGCACUGAGACAGUUCCGGCGCAAACUGUCCGAUGAAACUUACUACACUGACUCGCAGCAUGACCCGGAAUGGACGUACACGCAGCAUCUUCCCGUGACCUCACCGUCCUCUGGCCAGUACACCAACACAGAGACUCUUAACUCGGACUCUGAAGCUUCGUCUGUGCUGUCCGCUUGUCCCCGCAAACCUCCUCAUCACUUGCAGAGGAAAAAAGGACCACCGGAUACUCACCUGCACCCUCAUCACCAACCACUGUACCACCAACACCUUCACCAGAACUUCUCCCCGUAUCCUCUACAUUCAGAGGCACUGGAUGUGAACUUCAACCCUAAGGUGAUGGGAGACAGCAGCGAGGCUGAGGAGAGUCAGAGCGACCCCAUUAAGAGGUCGCGCCGGCGGCGAAAAAGCAAAAGAGAGUCCUCAACGGAGCAGAGCAAGGCUGGAGGCCAGAGCCACACACAGUCCAUCUAUCCAUUAGUACAGGAGAACAGUGGUUUCCUGCUUAAUGCGCUGCUCAAGAGGGGUUUAAGCGAGGAACAGCCAGCAUCAGACACUGUGCCAAUGACCACAGCUGCAUCGGACACUUUUGGAUUAGAUGCCAUGACACCAGAUCCAGAAGAUUUGGACACAGUUGCCCCAAAUUCAGCUGCCCUAAGUCCACCACAGCCCCACUCUCUACCUCCAGUGUCCCAGCACUCGGCCAGCAGCUCAGGGCCUGGAGAUCCUCUGGAAGAGGAAUUAAGGUCCAGGCUGAGUCAGCUGGUCAAACGUACAAACAGCAAAGGCAACAGCUCAUCUGAGGACGAGUGCACGAAGUGGCCCGCGGAGAGACAGGCAGAUAAACCAAGUGACAGACAGAGAGAGAAGACAAGGGCAAAAGACACAGAAAGAGAGAGACAGCGGUUAAGCGACAGGUUAAGAGAGACAGCAAGUGAUACAGUGGAACACGUGAAUGGACAAGAAUUGAAAAGCAGCGAGAGACUAAUUAAGAGUCCUUUGACGAGAGAGCAAGGACGAGUCAGGGAGAGGAGGUUAGAGAAAGGUGUGGAAAGCUUGGAAGAGAGGGUGGAUGCGAGGGAGCCAAUGAGAGGAGAUAAGAGAGAGACAAAUAGACAUAGUAAGAGACAACAUAAAAGAGACGUGGAGAAGGAGAAAGGAGGAGGAGGGAGGAGUGGUUCAAGCGCCAGUUCACCUGCUGUUACACCUUCUUCCCACGAGGUGGUGCUGCCAGACAACCAGGAGAGACAGAAUGACUUGGAGCAACAGCGGAGGCUUCAGUUGCUCUCCUCUCUCUUGCAACAGCAGAAGUACUCGGCGGCCUCUCUCUGCAGCAUCACCACAGAGGUGCUGAAGGUUUUGAAUGCUACAGAGGAGCUGAUCGGUGAGGCGGGAGGCGACAGCUGCACGCCGACCGAGUCCAUGAGCGCGUCUCCGAUCUCCAGCUGCUCCGAAACCCGCAGGCUGGACCAGAGGCUGACCAAGAUGGAGGAGAAUGUAUACCUUGCUGCUGGUGCUGUGUAUGGCCUUGAGGGGGCACUGGGAGACCUGGAGCAGUGUGCCCGCAGCAUAAGUAGUGGUACAACGGACACAGAGAUGGCAUUCCUGGAAGACCAGGUAGCUACUGCUGCUGCUCAGGUCCAGGAGUCUGAAAUACAGAUAUCAAACAUAGAGGCUAGGAUAUCAGCUCUGAAAACAGCUGGGUUAAAUGUGACAGUCUGCAAUCGCUUCUCCAAGAGCAAGCCGAAGGCAAAGGCUCACACUCUUGACUCAUCACGCCAUCAAAGACGGAAGCUUCCAGCACCUCCUCUGAAAGUUGGAGCCAGAGCAGCAACUGAAAGUGUGUCUGCCAAAGUGACAGUUAGCAGCACAUCAAGUCCCCCAGGGCCCCUUCAGAGCCCCAGGGACAGGGGCCAUUCUCAUCCAGUGCCUUGACCUAGCGUCCGCCUCCAGCUCCAAGCCAAGCAGGGACGAACACCUGCCCUGUGUGACCCACCAAGCACUCAGCCCGAAGCCAGGCACUGUACCACGUCAGUGAAACACUUCACACAAGACUGUCUCUUUUCCUUUUUCCUACUUUAUCCUCCAUUUCUCCUCAUUAGCACCUGCAUAAUACUUUGUCAAGGAAGGUUGACGCAACAGUUGGUAUCUGCCUUAAAACCUGCAACACCCCGUUACUCAACUCCAAAGGAAUAUCUGUACAGGCAUAGACGAAAACAAAAAAAAACCUGUUUGCUCCUUUGUCUGUUUGCAAGAGUAUUGUGAUUUAAUGUUCAAUGAAGAUGUGACAAAACCACCUGAGAUUUUAUGUGAUUCAGUGUCUGAAAAAGAGAUGGAGCCAUGUUUAAUACAGCAUGUUCUCUCUCACCAUUUCAUCAUACUGACUGUCAGCCCUUUUUCUAGUUAAUUAUCAGGAUACACAAACCCACCUCUGGAAUAUCAAUAUUUAAAAAAAAUAAAUAAAUAAAAAAGAUUUCACUCACCCAAAAUAAGUAUUUAAAUGUAUAAAGUCUAUAUUUUCCUGCCACACUUCUUGGCAAUAAAGGAAGUUGAAGCACAUUUGAGAACUACAGUAUGUCACCCACAAAGAAAGUAUCUAACAGAAUAGCGCAAAUAUUUUGAAUUGAUUUGAAUAUUAUUUAAUCUCAGAGUUAAAUGAAGAAUCUCAUGUUCUCAUGUUUUUAUACUUUGCCGGGUUAGCUUAGCUUGAAGAUAGCUCAUCUUGAUCUGUUCUAAAAGGUGAAAAAAAUUCUACAACUAUGCUAAACACUCAACACAACAGUUAAUCAAUCAAAAUCUGAAAUCUUUUAUCAGUUAUUACUUUUUCAUGUUGUUGCUGUGAAAGAUUUUUGAUUUCUUUGAACAAAGCCUGGGCAGCUGUUUAAGCUAACCUAAGCUAACAGGCUUCUAAUAUGAGCUUCAUUUUUAGCAUACAGACAAGAGAGUGUUAUUAGUAUUUGGUAUUCUAAAAUGCGAGUAAACAAUUAUAAAAUUUUAUAGGGUCAGAAAAGUACAUACAAGCAUUAGCAUGCAGUAUUCUUCAUCCCAUAGUCAUUAGGUUCUCUUUGUCAUUUUAUUUGCUCAAACAUUUCAAACUUUUUUCUUUUUGGAACAAAAAGGUAUUUUCAUGUUUUUCCCUUGAAAUUUUGUGUUGCAUUCAGAAAAACCCUGUAAAGAUUUUUACAUAACAAAGUCUGAUGGGCUAUUUUACAAAUGCCAUAAAACCAUGAUUUUGUUACAAACAAUUUAUUUUUCUACUUACUGAAUGUUUUUAUGCAAUACCAUUGAAAGAAGUACUUUUGCAAAUGAAAAGGCUUUAUUCUCCCCUCACAGGAGCCCUCCUCGGUCAGUCCUAUCAUAUGCGGCGACUCAAAGUGCUCUCAGUGUAUGUCAUUUACCAUUUGAUAUACUGACAGUAUUGAAAAUGAUAAAUGCUGCAAAUGCACACAUGGCAACAGGCAUUUUAGGAGCGGCUAGUACAGUCCGUGCUGUGUUUGUACCUCUGCAACAUUAGAUCUGAGAAUAUUGCCUUACAUUGUUUUCUGUUUCUUUUGCUUUGACCAUAUUAGUUAGAGCAUUAGUUAACCACGUACACAGCGAUUAAAUGUCAGAUUGCCUGCUUGACUGCUUGAAUGUCAAGGUGUGAUGAUGUUCAGUGUGAAUGCUCUGCCCCUACUAAUAGUGACCUUUUCAUCACAUCCUUGUACAUCUCUGGUUUUGCACAUUGAUCCUGUACUUUUGUCGACCUUGUACUCCAGAGGCGUCGAUGUAUACAUUAACAGCAUGUUUCUGGUUUUAUCAAAUGGAUGUUAAAAAAAGCACAGCCACAAGGGUUCAAUCAUCAGUGUCCUGUAUUUUUCUAUUGUAAAAAAAAAUAGCAUCUUAUCGAAGAAUUUGUUAAUAUAUGUUUAUGUGUGAAAAGAUGGAUAUGACAUAGAAUAACGUGUGUAUUGCCCAAUCAUAGUUGACCAAUCUUUUGGUGUUGUGUGCAAGAGACUAUGUAUAAAUGUCAUGACUUGUGAGGUCGGACUCAUACAGAAUGUCCUAUUUUCUAAUCCCAGAAAUAAGAAAAGAUAAUAUUACUUUUGUUCCUGUUUAAAUCCAGUGCAAGUGACUAGAAAGAGGUCCACUGUGCACGGCUCCAUCUUUUAUGUGUUGCAAUCCAUAUGAGAUGUUGGAGAAAAUAUCAAUGUGCAAAAAAUACAGAUUCUCUAUGUGCCACAGUAAAAAUAAUGUAUUAUGAAAUGAAUAAAAUUUGCAAACAUAAAAGUU